UUUUUGCAGUCUUAAGUAAAGCUCUUGCUUUCCCUGCCUCGUCUGCACAUUUUUUAACAUUUUUUCUGCAUUCUUUUAAGCAAAUCUCAACGCCAAUCACGUUAAAAUCCCAUUGAAUGGAACAUCGAGAUCAGGAUGAAGAAGAAGAUGAUGUCAAACUCUUAUCGAGCAAGAGUCGUUUUUGCACUUUCUAUGUAUGAUUGAUCACAAGCUUGAUGAUGAUGGUACCAAUUAAUGUGAUCCCGGAUCAAGAGCAAAGAGCAUUACAGAAAUAGAAAAUUGAUUACCAACAAUACCCAUCUGUUUCGAGCUCUUCUAUAUAAAUGAUGUCUCAGAAGGUAGAACCUAAAAGGCUGAGACUGUUCACUCACUGUUUCCUCCCUACGAUGCUUAUGCUUUCUGCAGCCUUCUUCAUAGGAAGUGCAUUUGCAAUCACAGACUAUAAGGAGAGGAUAUUAGGAUGGGGGUCGGUUAUUACUUUGCAAUAUAAAAGAUCUAUAGGGUGUAAGGUCCAGUGCAAGCCAAAUGGAAGUGAGAUGCUACCUGAAGGUAUCAUUUCCCAGACAUCUGACUUGGAAAUGCGAUCACUCUGGGGCCCCAAGAAUAAAAAAAAUCCCAAAUUAUCAAUGAACUUGCUGGCCAUUGCAGUUGGAAUAAAGCAAAAAGAAAGUGUCAACAAAAUUAUCAAGAAGUUUCCAGAAAGUGAUUUUGUUUUGAUGCUCUUUCACUAUGAUGGCAUUGUGGAUGAGUGGAAGGAUUUAGAAUGGAAUGACCAACCCAUUCAUGUCUCUGCUGUCAAUCAAACUAAGUGGUGGUUUGCAAAGCGUUUCUUGCAUCCAGAUAUUGUUACAGAGUAUGCCUACAUCUUCCUGUGGGACGAAGACCUUGGAGUUGAAAAUUUUAAUGCAAAAAGGUAUGUUUCAAUUAUUAAAGAAGAAGGGCUAGAAAUAUCACAACCAGCUAUUGAUCCUGGGAAGUCGGAGUUGCACCAUCCAUUGACAUCAAGAGACAGCAAAACAAGAGUACACAGGAGGACUUACACAAAGAUUGGUCGGACAAAAUGUGAUGGAAACAGCACAGGUCCUCCUUGCACAGGGUUUGUAGAGAUGAUGGCUCCUGUUUUCUCAAGAGCAUCCUGGCGCUGUGCAUGGCAUAUGAUACAGAACGACUUGGUCUAUGGAUGGGGAGUGGACUUUCAGCUUGGUUACUGUGCACAGGGUGAUCGUACUCAAAAUAUUGGAAUUGUUGAUGCUGAGUACGUAGUUCAUAAUGCUCUUCCUACACUUGGAGGUGCGGAAGCAGACAAGGAACCAUUGACUACACACGAGUCUCAUGUUAGAUCUGAGGUUAGAAGACUAUCCUACGUUGAAUUAGAGACCUUCAAACGUAGAUGGAAGAAAGCUGUUGAAAAGGAUGAGUGUUGGAUAGACUCAUAUCAAUGAUCAACAUAACAGAAGCCAUGUUAGAGAAAAUAAAUAUUUUUUUUAUAUAGAAUACAAGUACAAUUGUACGUAAUACAAAUUAAAAUAAUUAAGCAAAAUGUACCCAACCACAACUUAGAAAAAAAAAUAAUAAAUAAAUAAAUAAACCCUUAAGAAAACCUACGGUAGGAAUGGGAGUGACCACUAAUCAUUGGCACAGAAAAGAAACAUAAAGUUGUUGAUUAUAAAUACUCCUUUUUAAA